CUUUGCAUGCUGCUGCUGUGCCAAUGCGCAAACAGUCGUGGGAUAGGUCACCCCAAAUUGAGAGUGCUCUCGAAACGAUCAUCCGAUUGAAUGACGAGCGCGUCAUGCUUGUCUUCCUCCUCUUAUGUUCCGUGCAAUCAGUGGCUCUGGGUUCCGCAAUCCCCUGGGAUACUGUAUCGCCCUCGAUGGCUCUGCUAUCGGCGUUUAGCUCACAUUGAAUGGCUGCCUGGAGCAAGGAAAAACGGGAAGAGAGAUCGCUGCGUCUCCUCCUUUAAACCAACGCUCUGCGUUAUUAACUUCCCAACGAGGGGACCCUUUGGUGGUGUGCGUAGGCGCACCAUGGCCCAGACCCUCCAGAUGGCGAUCCCAAACUUUGGCAACAAUGUUUUAGAGUGUCUGAAUGAGCAGCGGCUGCAGGGCCUCUACUGCGAUGUCUCUGUGGUGGUCAAGGGCCAUGCCUUCAAGGCCCAUCGAGCUGUGCUGGCUGCUAGCAGUUCUUAUUUCCGGGACCUUUUCAGCAGCAGUAAUAGUGGAGGAGGUAGCAGCAAUGAGACAAGCCCAAACGUAGUGGAGCUCCCCUCGGCUGUGCAGCCCCAGAGCUUCCAGCAGAUUUUGUCUUUCUGCUACACAGGCCGUCUCAGCAUGACAGUGGGGGACCAGUUUCUCCUAAUGUAUACCGCAGGUUUCCUGCAGAUCCAACAGAUCAUGGAAAAAGGGACUGAGUUCUUCUUAAAGGUCUCCUCCCCCAGCUGCGACUCCCAGGGCCUGCACGCUGAGGAGGCCCCACCUUCUGAGCCACAAAGUCCUGUGACGCAAACCAGUAACAGUGCAGGCCGGCCUGCCUCUUGCUUGACGCCACUCCCUCUGGUAUCACGAGUGAAAACAGAGCAGCCCACUAGCCAGCCGGAAGCAGCCACCCCAUACUCGGUGGUCUGUACUCCUGUAGCCAAGCGGCUGUGGGAGGGUGGUAGCAGCCGAGAUGGAGGCGGGGUAGGCUCAGGGGGAGGUGGUGGGGCCAGGAAGGCAGCCCGUUAUUCCCAGGAGGCGGUGCGGGGCAGUGCCAUUCAAAGCCCCGGAGCCCUCGGACUGGCCAUGGGUAUGGGUGCCAACGCAACCAGCUUGGCGGGCAUGGUGGCUAGUGGCGGGCUUGGUGGCAGUGCCGGCACCAACGGGAGCUCUGCAGCAGGUCUUGGCAUGUCAGAGGGCGCCAGCCCCAGCACCCUGAGCACCUACGCCAGUGACUCACCUAUCAGCUACCAUGAUGAUGAAGAAGAGGAAGAGGGGACAGACGAAUGUGCCGAAGAGCAGUAUAGACAAAUCUGCAACAUGUAUACCAUGUACAGCAUGCUCAACAUGGGAGCUGCAGCUGGUGAACGUGUUGAGGCUCUACCAGACCACACAGAGACACGGGGUCGGAUGCGAGGCAGAGACCUUACAUGUCUCCCCGCAGAACUCAUCGCUCAGAUAGGCAACCGCUGUCAUCCCAAACUGUACGAGGAAGGGGACCCUGCUGAGAAACUAGAGUUAGUCUCAGGUACUUCUGUUUAUAUAUCCCGAGCCCAGCUUAUGAACUGUCAUGUGAGCGCAGGGACCAGACACAAGGUGCUGCUUAGGAGGCUGCUGGCUGCCUUCUUUGACAGGAAUACUCUGGCCAACAGUUGUGGAACAGGCAUCCGCUCGUCCACCAAUGACCCAAGCCGCAAGCCCCUGGACAACAGAGUUCUGCAUGCGGUCAAAUUUUAUUGCCAGAACUUUGCCACUAGUUUCAAAGAGAGCGAGAUGAACGCCAUCGCAGCUGACAUGUGCACCAACGCCCGACGUGUGGUCCGUAAGAGCUGGAUUCCCAAGCUGAAGCUACUGAUGGCUGAGAGCGACGCCUACACCGCUUACCUUCCCGAUGGCGUCAAAAUGGAAGACGACACCCUGGGGGCAGACCCAUCUUUCGAUUCUGCCUCCCUGGAGGCUGCCGGCGGUGCCGGCAUGGAGUCAGGUGGCUCUUCAGGUGAAUCGCUACCAGGUGUGGGCGGAGACGGAGGACCGUUAUUUUGAACAUUGUGUUUGGGGAAAAUUGAAGAUUUGGUGACACACAUACCAGUAUUCCCCAGUUCUGCUUGCCUCCUCACUCUUUGGCCCACGCUGAUUUCUCACAUCUGACUCUCUAUACUACACUGCUAGGGUCAACAGUUGUUACCCUGAUGUAACCAGGACAUGAAAACUUUAUUUUUUGCUUUAUGACUGUACAAUGGAGUUAGUUGAGGAAAGGGAAAGAGUGAGAGGGUUUCUUUCUGCCUUCCUUUGUCUUUUUUAGGUGUGUAAGUGCAUCCACUGUUGCAUAUUAAAUACAUUCCCUGAAAUGCAGGUGGUGGGGAGAGUUGCCAGUGUAGCUUGAGGAGGAAGGGAUAGCCGAUGGAGUAGAUGUGGCGAAUAUAUUGAAUGUAAGUGGCAGUGGCAGUUUUCUUUAUGCAACCCCUAAAAACUUGUAUUCCAAACUAGGAAAAAGGAACAACAUUUUAAAAUAGAAACAAUAAUAAACAUUAACACUACCUUCCUACUUCCUCUCCUUUCAUCUUCCACUCAUCACCCUGAGAGUAUUCUUUACCACAUCACCUUUCUCAAGACCAGAGAAUUGAGUGUUUCACUGUGCAGUGUCUUAUAGAAAUGUAUCUCAUCUUUCUCUGUUUUCUAAAUGUUUAGCAUGUUUUUCUUGUCUAUGAACUGAAAACAUGAUCCAGAGAGAAGGGGAAAGCUUUUUACUGAGAUGAUUGUAAAGAAAAAUUGAAAGGGCAACAGGUAAUCAAAGAUGGUCAUAUUUUUAGUAGACAAAUUAUAUUUAUACAAGUGCUUAUGCCUAAAACUGUGUGAGCAAAGAAUUGAAAGGGGUUGUUUUAAAAUCUCUAAGAUCUUAAUGUUUUAUUGAAAGAGGUCUUGUCAAAAAAGGAAAAGUGCUAUUUUUGCAUUAAAAAGAAGUAUAAUAAAGCAGUAUUAUCUUAAGUCCCAUAGUCAUUUAUUUAUAUCUUUAUUUGACAGUGCAGAUGGAAUGAGCAGUUGAACUGCUAAAUUUGAAGCAUUUCAUCCUCUGUUCACUAGCUUAAAAUGAAUAAUGAGACUGAUUCAGCUGGCUUUACUGCUGUCUAUGAUAACCAUUUCUUAUAGGUUGUGAACAGUUGCCCACAACUUUGAAAUUACUUGUAGUAUUACAAAGGUUAUUUAUCUGAAAGCUCAGCUAGUUUCUUCUUUGUACUGCAAUUAUUGACAAGAAAAAAAAACUGUCAAAUAAUAAUAAUUAUGGAAUAUUGGCCUUUUAUUUGAAAUCAAUAAGCAGAAGCUUGGUGGGUACAAUGAUGUCCUGAGGAGGCAAUACUGCUUGAAAAGCAAAUAGGCUUUAUGGUACUGUCCAUGUGUGGGAAGCAGUUCUUUGGUAAAGGAGAGCCUGUAUUUCUUGGCUGUGUCUUAAGUAUGUAGUUUAUUCAUGUAUCUAAUGCACCACCUCUUUAAUACGGAAAUUCAAAAUGACCGACAGUUUUAUUUUACAGUUUAACAUGAUUUUGUAUUUUCCGUUAGAGAGGACGUUUCUGCACCUUAUUGAGAAAAACCAGAGGUUCAUGCACCUUUUGAGAAAUGUAGCAAUUGGACCCUGUUAGGUUGAGUCUGUCUUCUUUUUUCCAUGUCUUUUUGUUUCUAGUGUAGAUGUGGCACGGAUUCCUACUGUAAAUAAUCAAGACUGUUGAGUUAAAUCCCAAGUGUUCUUCCUUUUUGUUGCUGGAUGCGUCUGGUUAUAAAAUGUCAAUAACUGACCUCUUUUUACGUGAACGUUUGUGUUUGCUAGAAGCUUUUUGACUGACCUGUAAAAGGUCAGCACAUGGGAUCCAUUGUUCCUGUUUCAGAUGGAUAGAAGUGAAAAUGGGGUGCGACUUAGGAAUGUGUUCUUAACCUGAAAUGCUCUCACACAGACAACCGAUUACUCUCACAGUCAACUGAUUACUUUCUAAAGAUGUAUUUUUCUGAAAACAGGGACAGGGUAAAAACCGGAAAGGAAAAGGAUGCUUCUUAUUCGAGGCAGUUGAGUCAAUCUUAUUGAGAAAAACAACAACUUGAAAGAUGAAGCUCAGCCUAUUUUCACUCUUGGUUGAAAUUAUAAGGAUGAGUUUACUGAAAGGUUUGACCUGAUGCUUUACAAACAGCAAAAGUGAAUACCUUAUAAGUAUUCUGUAAAGGGUAAUGACAACAAUACCUCAGUUAGCUCUGCAUUUGACUGUAGAUGCCACAUGAUCACCCCUCCCCCACGAACGUACCUCUCCAGUAUCUUUCAAGACUGCUGUGCUUCCUGUCCUCCUUGCAGCUGGUGUCAUGUUUCACUUCCACAAGUUUAUUCAUGUGUUUCAGAGAAAGGCAAAAGCAGUGGUUUUAGUUGGUUAACUCCGAAUUAUAAUAUGUACGUUUCACUUUCUCAGUGAUUUGUAACUGUUAACUGCUGUUUAAGUUUGCAGUUGAAUUCAAAUGACAUCACGUUAUCACCAAUAUUUUUUUAUAUAAUUAUGACACUACUUAAAUUAGUAUAUGUAAGUUAACAUCAUACCUGAAAUAGAGACAUCAAAAUUAUGUCAUACAGAAAAACCUGUCAUUUCAUAUGUUUAUAUAUAUUUAUUUCAAGGUGUUUCUAAAUAAAUCCACUCUAAUUCAAGAUUUUUUGAUAAUUACUUUGUGUACAGAGUUAGAGGAGAGAGACUCUAAUCACUAGGACCUCUGAAUUUAAAUGAGGGAGUUUUUGGGACAUUCUGUCUUCUUAAUAUCAUCUUUAGCCCAAUGGCUACUAUAUCUGUAGAUGUCCCUGCCUAAAGAAAUAAUACCAGAUAUGACAAUAGCCAAUUCUUAUUAAAAUGUCGAAAUUUAGUUUCAUAAUUGAUUUUGUCCUUCACAGAGGUAGUCCCUUAGUGAAAUGGUACUUUUCAGGGGUUUUACCUAUAGUCAAUGUAAGUUCUCUGUCCAAAAAGUCCCUCGCUCACCACUAACUUGCACACUGCUUUAUCUGCAAUAUGUGUGAGAGUGUGGUGGUUUUACUUUAUCUGCAUUUGAGAAUAGAGAGAUUCCAUGCUUCUUUUUUCAGUACGUUCUAAGCAUAAUGUAAUUUCUGUACCUUUCAACGCGUGUUUACACUUCACAAAACAUGUCGACCUACCAACUUGAAUGGAUAAGGUGUUGCACGGCAUGGGGAACCUUUUGUCACUAAACAGUACAUAUAUAAAUAUGAUUAUACACAUGUACAGAUAAAUACUGUAUAUUAUAUAUAGACGCACACAUAGAAGUCAGAUUGUUUGUUGUGCGCUUGCAGCAUGAGGUAUAUAUUUACCCAGAAACGGCGCUUCUUCACAACCUGUGCAGUACUAGGUCUGCCCAUGUCUUUGCCCCUGCUCCCUGCCCUCUGUAACCCUGUAGCGCCAGUGGACAUUCUGCAAAGCUCAUCCUAUUUCUUUCUGUGUUCCAAGUGCCAAUAUCUUUGUGAAAGCCCUGUAACUGUGACCCAACAUUAGCAAAGGUAAUUGCACAUUAACAACUGUAAAAUAAAUGAAUACAAAUCAUAGAGAAAAUGUCAAAAUGGAUUAAAUAAUGAAUAUCUUAAUAAAAGAUUUGUAACAAUU